AUUACAGAAAGCUACAACUUGGAACUGCAGCAGCUUGAACUCUCUUGCAGAAAAAGUGUUUAUAGACCCAUUAUCAUUAGAUCUUUUAAAAUUUAAAACUUUAUUUUUCCGAUUUCAUCCCAACACUGAAAGCAGCCUAUACAUAUAUCUAUACAGUGUUUAGAAGACAAAUUGGCUUGUUUGAACAGAUUUACCGCACACUACCAGAAAAGGCAGAAAUGGCACCUGUGAGAAAGAAGUUUAUUGAGAUUCUGGAAAAAGUCAUGAAAGAAGGUGAGCAGAUGACACCGGAGGAGAUGCUGUUUACUUAUGAUGGAGUCGUAUACCCAACUGUGUUUUGCAACCCGGAGCAGUUCAAAGCUUUGGAGGACUUCCAAGCCAGGAGUGAUGACGUGGUCCUAGCAGGAUACUGCAAAUCUGGAACCAACUGGGUUGGCCAGAUUGUUACUGAUUUAGUAAUAACAUCUGCAAAGAAACAUGAACCACACAAGUUGAAUGAAAAACUUCUACUAGCAGAAUUUCCCUAUCUUGAAAUAGGAGAUCCUGAAAAGUAUAAGAGGAUGCAUACUUAUCCCUCCAGGAGAGUGAUGUUUACUCAUCUCCGUCCUGAUAAAUUUCCACCAUCUAUUUUCAAGAACAAAGCCAAAGUAGUGCAGUUGAUUCGAAAUCCAAAAGACGUUGCUGCAUCUUUUUUCCAUUUUUCAAACAACUUCAGUCCUUAUCCUCCCUAUGAUACAUUUGAAGAGUUCUUCCGAGCAUUAAUGAUAGGAAAAAUGCCCUGGGGAUCCUAUAUAGAGUACCUUUGUUCAUGGAACAAGUAUACCGAUAAAGAAAAUGUCCUGCCAAUAACAUAUGAAGAGAUAAAAGAGAACCCAGCUUUAGGAGCAAAAAAGAUUUCAACAUUUCUUGGACUGGACUUAAAUGAGGAAGACUUCCAGGAUGUUGCAGAAAAGAGCACGUUCAAGGCAAUGAAAGAAAAUUCUAAAACAACCCAUGGAGAAUUUGGGGAUGUUCUUUUCCGGAAAGGUGGUAUAAGUGACUGGAAAACACUUUUUAGUGAAGCAAACAACCAGGAGAUGGACACGACAUUUAAAGAGCGUUUAGAAGGGACCAAAGUGGGUGAUAUGAUAAAGUAUGAUGUCUACUGCAAGGCAUGAAGAUCAAGGAAGAAAGCUAACCACUAUCGACAUUAUUCAUAAACAAUUCCAUUUUCAAGAACAAGGCAUUCCAUUUUCUUGUAAUGAAUUUAUGACCAGUCUUAUUUAGUCUCUAUAUGAAAGGGGAAUAGAAAUUAUUUCAGAGUUUCUUUACAGCAGUUAUAAGUACAAUUAUAGCUUUACCUUUUAUUCUAUGGUUUUCAUAUACCUCUCUUCUUUCUAUAAUAUAUUCUGUCUAAUCAUCAAAUCUAAUCAUUUUUUUCUGUUUCAUGCAAAAAGUCAAUAAGGGGU